CAGGGUGUUGGGUUUCUUGUGGAAGGUUUUUCUUUUGGACGAGCUCCUGCUGUGCAAGAUUUUUCUCCUCACAGCCAAAUGGGUUCCAAAGCAUUUUUUUGCUCCUCCCCACUGCCCAACGAAACCAGCGCCAGGGCCACUCUCCCCUCCUCGGCGGCCUCGGGCGCAUUAUGUGGCAAGCGCUGCGUGGGCCGCUCCUAGGCUGUGCUUUUGUCACAGCCGCCGCCAUCGGCCUCUCGGGCGCACAGGGGCCACAUGCGAACACUGACCCUCCCCUCAAAAAUCGUGGGGGGUAGGGAUAGGGUUCGCAUGUGGCCCCCUACAGGCGCCACCCGCUCGUCGCUGUGCCUCGCCGGGACGGCGCCAUCAGCGCCAGAGGACCGGGCCGAGGUCCACGCGGAGGCCUGUGGCGCGGGCGGCGCCGCGGGCGCCCGUGCCGCGGGGCCCAGUGGGCCCGGGGCUCCGCCCGAGCGGCGCCGUGGCGAGCGGGGCGGGCACUGCUGGGCACUCUGGGUGCGGGGCGAGAACCAGUCCAGCCAGGUCGUGGACACCAGGGGCAGCACCGCGGUGGGCCCCUGGGCCACCGACGCUGCCGGCGCGGAGGUCCCGGCCCGGAUGCUCUGCGCGGAGGAGCUCACGCGGCGCGCCCUGCUGUCCCCGGACUGCGCGGAGGGGGCCUGCGCGUGCACCCAGCUGGGUCGCACCAGUUGCUCGUGUCGGGCGGUCAUGGGCGCGUCGCGGGCGCGGCUCGUGCUGAAGCACGCAGAGUGGCUCGCCGACCACGGCCACGCCAGGGGCGCGGAGGUCGCUUCCAGGAGGCCAGCCGUGAGGCGGCGGAGCACGGCCAGGCGGCGCUCGCACACAGAGCUUCUGCGCGGUUGGGGCACCUCCUCUCAGGGUGGGGCCGCUUCGCGGAGGCGCUCGAGGCCCUCCUCGAGGCCCAGCGGUUCGCAGACCUCGCCCUGGAGGAGGAGCGCGACCCGGCCACGCCGUUGUUGCUCGGGGUGGCUUGGUUGCAGGCAGCAAGAUGCGGAGCGGCGAAGUGGCAGGAAGCGGAAGAGUGGAUCCUGAGUUUGGGCCCGCUCGCGACGGACGGGCUCGACGCGCAGCGCCAGAGGCUCCAGACGGACAUCCGCUUCUGGCGGGCCGCGGAGCUGUCCCCGAGGCGCUGCGUAGACGCUGGCGAUGUCGCGCACGCGCUGAUCUGCGUCGGGAGCCAUUUGUUCUACGCCGUGACGCGAUACUGGUAGAGGAGGGGGAGCUGGGAGUAUUGGGCGGAGGGGUAGGGACGCUCAAUAUCCAGCACAGCGCUGCUCCAGACCAACAGGAAUGUCGAGACAGGAUCCGCUGGCCGCGUGCAUUCGUAGUUUCCGUUCUAUCUGUUGCAUCAGGGAGUGAUUUGAAAGUUGUCACUCCUUGUUCAUUUUGGUUUUGCUGUGGACAGCCAGGGGGGCUUGGGCUCCGACUUUUUUUGUCGGGGUCCUGGCGGGCUCACGUAGAAUAGUCAUCCGCGGGGCUGUGGGUGCUUGUUGGGCGCCCAGAGUCUCUUCAUUUUGCCCCAAAGUCUCCUCCUGGUGUCCCAUCCCGCCGACACGGCUCGAUGCCUAGGUCGGUUGAUUGUUCGGUCGGCACAUAAUAAGCUUGCAUAGCUUCAGCGUAAAGAUUUGUAGGUUGAGCCCUUCUCGUUCUUGUAAUCUCCAGUGCGUUUCAAAAUCAACCGUGGGGUCCAUCCCAGGUUGCUUGCUGUGGAACAUCGUGAACUGACAGCAUGAGGCCCAUGCUGUAUCUGCACUGCCCAGCACGCAAUCCGAAACAAAAAUUCGCCUGGCGAAGAACCCA